GGAAGCAGGUUAAAUUUAGGGAUUGCUGAAGGUUUUCAAACAGCACACAGCAUGUGUCUUUAAUGGAAAUCUAUGGCAGUGAAAAACCAAUGUUCCUUUAGAGCAGCGUAGAAUUUGCCGAUAUUUAAUUACCCUAGCUCUUGAAAAAGGAUAUCACGUAAGGAAGACUGGGCGGAGGAAAAGCAGCACCAGCGUCUGUACUGCUUUAUGCUAUGCAUUUAAUUCUCAGCGGCGGCAGGAACAUAUCACAGGAGAAGAAGGGAUCUCAGCAGAGUUCUGUUGUCAGUCCGAUCACCCCUGAAACACAAUGUAAACUACCAGAGGAAGAAAGGAGGAUGCUUCUAGUGCAGGUUAUCUCAUGAAGCUACUUCAGAGCUGCAAAAAAAAAACCUGAAACACGAUUGAUUUCCUGUAGCAAUUCUGCAACGUUCAAAGCAAAAUAACCCUCCCCCCUUGACAGACAGGCCACAGAACCGACGCGCCAGGCGGUCGGUGAGCAUCGCUCUCCUCUCCCAGCCGUGCGGGCAGUGCACGGAGCCGCCGGGGCCCCGCAGCAUGGACCCGGGCGGGGCGGGGGGUCCGGGCGCCGCCUGAUUGGCCGCAGCGUGGUGCCCGGGGCCGGUGCCGCGGCGGGAGGCGGCCGGAGGCGGCCCGCAGGAUGGGCACCAGAGCCGGCUUCUUCGAGGUGGAAAUCCUUGACUGGAAGACAAAGGAACAGCUAUGCUUCCUAGAUAAGGUGGAACCAAAUGCCACAAUUAGGGAAAUCAGAUUGAUGUUCCAUAAAUUAUAUCCUCGGUGGUAUCCAGCAAGGCAGUCUAUAAAACUUGAUCCAAAAGGAAAGUCCCUGAGGGAUGAGGAAAUCCUGCAGAACCUCCCUGUUGGCACAACUGCUACCUUAUACUUUAAAGAUUUAGGACCACAGAUAGGAUGGACUACGGUAUUUUUGAUAGAAUAUACAGGUCCAUUGUUCAUCUAUUUUCUGUUUUAUUUCCGCAUGCCUUUUGUCUAUGGACUGGAUGAGAGGUUUACAUCAAGUCCGCAUCCAGUAGUUAACUUGGCAUGUAUCUGCCAUUCUUUCCACUACAUCAAAAGGUUGAUUGAAACAGUAUUUGUUCAUCGGUUCUCCCAUGGGACUAUGCCACUGAGGAAUAUUGUGAAGAACUGCUUGUAUUACUGGGGAUUUGCAGCUUGGCUUGCUUAUUACAUCAAUCAUCCUCUUUACACUCCUCCUUCUUAUGGGAAAAAACAGAUAAAUUUUGCUGUGAUCAUGUUUCUGCUGUGUGAAGCUGGAAAUUUUUCCAUUCACGUUGCACUCAGUGACCUCCAGAGAAAUGGAUCCAAAACCCGUAAGAUCCCAUAUCCAACAAAGAAUCCUUUCACAUGGCUGUUUUUCUUUGUAUCUUGCCCUAACUAUACAUAUGAGGUGGGGACCUGGAUCAGUUUCACUAUCAUGACUCAGUGUGUUCCAGUGGGGCUGUUCACUUUGCUUUGCUUCAUUCAGAUGACAGUCUGGGCAAAGGAUAAACACUGCACCUACCUGCGAGAAUUCAAGGAUUAUCCAAGUCUUCGAAUGCCAAUUAUUCCCUUUUUGUUGUAAGAAAAAAGGUUGCAUUUGAAUAUUGCACAGAACUUCAAGAAGAAAAAGCUUAUAAACCUCCUCCCAAAUAAGUGAAUAAAUGUAAAGGGUUUUGAUGCAUGUUGAAUCUCCACUGCUGAGGGAAACUGUAUGCACUUGAAAGCUACACUUCUAUACAUUCAAGAAUUCUCAACUCAGAAGCACCUUCUAGAAAUAGGGCUUCACUGCACAGCUGGCAGUCAAAAGCCCCUAGAGUUCACUGUAACCUGACUGACUUAGAUUAUGUACAAGUCUAUUUAGAUUGAUGGAUCAGAGAUACUGAGAAGUCUGUGCUGAAAAGCAGCUCCAAAUUUAGCAGUGGCAUUCUGCAAGACGUAAGUACAUUGGAAUGAGGACAUACCAGCUAACUACUGGAGAGCUCAGUUCAGCCAGCCUGAAUACAGUUGCAUGAUCUGCCCUCUUUGACUUGAAGAAGAGUGUGCUGCCUGGAGGCAGGUGCUUUGUAACACAUAACAUUACCAAAGAAUAUGAAUGGUUUUCUGGAAUAAAGAAAUAGGCAAUAUCUGAAAUACCUGAUUUGGGUCUAACCCCUAAUUUGCCAAAAGAAUGUCAAGUGAGAAGCAAUUUGUAGUAUUUGAGGAUGUAACACCCUGUGUUGAUGGUGCUGGUGGGGUUUCUGUUUGGUUGGUUUCAGUCUUCUGCAUUAGUAGAUUGCAUACUAGUAAAUAAGGUUCAGAAGAUCUGAUCUAUGCUAUAUCUGUGAUAUUUGGCCUGUUUUCCUAUAACAAGUCCUUAUGAUACUAAAGGACCUUUUACCCUGCAAUUUAUGUCAGUAUUCUCUGAAUAUUUUUUUAUACACUUUGUAGAUACAUGAAGUGACUGCUAGUCCUCAGCUCCCUUCCUAUUUUCAGAGCCAAGAAGAAAAAUCAGCUACAAUUUUGGACUUCCUGUGUUUUCUUUUUCACAACAUGUUCAGUGGGACUUAGCUGGGUUUUGUGCAAAACCUAGUAAAAAAAAAAAGACUAUUGCAUUCUAUCUGAAUUACAUUUUCAAGAAACUAUUUUAGCAUAUGAAGAGAAGGCAUAGAUACUCUUUUGUUUCAUGAUUCAUUUAUUUCUCUCUAAUGGAUGUAUAGAAGGAUUUUUUCAACUAUUUGUAAGGGUGAAAUAUGCAAUAAAUUCUAGACUUUAUUUUGAAAUCAGUUGAAAUAAUUAUGGCAAAAGAAGAAAAUUACAGCUGGCUGCUGAAGUUUCAUUAUAUUUUGUAGAGUAAAAAGUAAGAAUGUCCUUAGAUUAAAAAAAAAUCUACAUCAAGCAAUGAAAAAAAACCUAACAAAGCAAAAAAACCCCACAUGACCCAGAUUUUAUUUCUAUAUAACAUAUCUCAGAGAGGAUUUCUUAGAAAUGGUUAGACCUGGUAGGUAACUGAAGCAAUACAUCAUCGCAAAUUU